GGCCAGACCUUGGCUUCUGGGCUGGAGCCCAGCACGGGCUGAGGCGAGCAGCAGGGAGCCCGCGGGUGCCGUGGAGGCCCAGCCAGGACCACCAAGCACUGGUGGCAACAGCGUAGCUUCAGCCUUGUCCGCAGUGCAGCAGGAGAGCAUCUUUGGUUCUCAACAUCUUGGGCCAUCCCCUGGCCAGCUGGGCAGGAUCCAUCCUCGUCCCACAGAGUUGCCCUGGGAGCGUGGCAGCAGGCGAUGACCAUCAUGAGACCAGAACCUGAAGAGGUGCCCCGGUUGGACCUGGGCAAGAAGAUGAGCACACCGCAGGACCUGAUGAUUGAGGAACUCUCCCUGCGGAACAACCGUGGCUCACAGCUCUUCCAGCAGCGUCAGAGGAGGAUGCAGCGCUUUGUCUUUGAGCAUCCCAGCAACUACAGGGAGCACACAGGGAUGAGGGCAGGUGGCUCACACCACGGCGAGAAAGGUGAUGCGGAGGGAACGGCAAAUGAGUGGAUGGCAGGGGAGGACGCCGAGGACCAGCAGAACUAUCACUCUGAGCUCCACGUGGCAGCAUCACCCCAGGGUGGCCCCCCCAAAGUGCCCAAGAAGACAGAGAAAGUUUUGCAGAUGAGCAAAGUCCUCAACCCUGAUGCCCUGGCGCCGGGAUACUCAAGCCCCCUCAAAGAAGUCCCCCCGGAGAAGUUCAAUGUCACCGCCAUCCCCAAAGGCUACCGAUCCCCGUGGCAGGAGCUCCUCAGUAAUGAGAACAAUGCUGUGUAUGGCAAGACCCAGCUGCCCGUGAAACCCGCCCCAUGGGACUUCAGGAGCUUCAACAGGACUCCUACCCCAUUUGACAAAACACUGGUCGGUGACCUGUUCUCCACACCUGCCGUGGAUCUGGAUAACCUGAGCGCUCUGGAGGUGAUCGCCCACAGACCCAACUUCAACAGAGUGGCGCAAGGUUGGGUGCGGAUCCUCCCAGAGAGUGAAGAGCUAUAGGACACGCGCUCCCUUCCCCAUCGCCACGGCUGCUUUUCUUGCUCAUACUUUGCACAGUAGGGGAGAGGGGAGUAAGUGUUCUUCACAAAAGCUAAACUAGUGGUCUCGGGUUGUCAUCCUCUUCAAAGGGAUUUGAACAAGCUCAAGACUGGGACCAUUUUGAAUUCCCCUCGUACCAGUGAUUCUCUCAAGGGCAUUUAAAGCAAAGCUAACCAGCCAAGUUCUCACUGAUAAUGCAAACAGAUCCCCGUAAGCUCCUGUACAAAAUACUCCGUACAGCCCGUCCUCUUCUUCGCCUUGUGGAAAACGGCAGGACUGCCAGCUGCAACGCACUGAGCUGUCUCGCUGCUUCUUCACUGACACACAAGACCUGCUCUGACAGCUGCUCGCCUUUGCAGAGAAAUUCCAUCUUCAGGACAACUCUACAUCUGUCAUUCCAGGCAGGACAGUGAGAGGAGGCGAUAAUUGAAGAGCAGCAGCAAAACAAGUUACUGGAGGCACUGGCAUGUUAAAAGCACUUAUCUUGGGCUUGGCUGGACAACAAACACAAAUGAGGAACUGAGAAUCUGCCCAUUUACCAACACAGCACAGCCAGGAUAUAAGGGAGAGGAACACUGGGAAUUGGAAACUUGUGCCUUGCUUUCCACAAGCUACCAGCUAGCACCUGGCAGCUGAUAUUUUCCCCUUCCUACUGCUAUUUGCAUGCCUUGCAUAAACACCUAAACCCUCUGAUUGACUUACACCAGAUUUGUUUCAUAUAGAUGGUCAAUAAGAAUCCAGCCCUGCCUGGACCAGCUGUGCUGCAGAAUUGCACAAGUCUGAAGACAUUGCCAGGGUUUUGCGGCAACUUCUGCAUCAGUGGGAAGGAAAAGCAGCAGAGCCAUGACACCAGAGCAAUCACAGGCUUCUCUGCGAAUGCAAAAAUCAGCAGCGAGGAUUGAACUGCAGGUUUUCAGCAGUGACAGUGGGGCAUGCAUUAACAGCAGUCUGUAGGAGUCAUUGAAACAGCUGGAAAUCCCAAAAAUCUCUAACUUCUUAAUUUCCACAAUCGUUUUUGUCAGGUUCUUAAGUUUACCCUUAUUUAAUC